CAAAAAUCACUUACCCGUAACUAAUGUUAAAAUCUGGUAAGGGUUGUUUUGAAAGACAUUUUUGUCAUCAUUUUCCUUCUAUACUAGAUUUCUCUUUCGAGUAAAUAACAAAAUCCCAGUAUCAUGAAUUGUAUAAUUGUUCUCAAUUUCCCAACGAAUUUAUUAAUGAAUUUGAGCCAUGGUCUCGUUUUCUCUAAGUCAUUUACCCGUCUAAAAAAAAACCUUCCUGGCAUACUGCCAAGAAAAUUUCGUACUCUCUGAAAUCAGGUUCGGAAGGAUUUUGAAUUUUUUUUUGUUCUAACCAAAGGCAGCGGUCACUUAUGUUGUUCAAACAAAAGCUUAAUGAGUACCUUUAGUGAAAAAUACUUUUCAGAAGUAAAUUCUCCUGUUAUUUACUAAGAAAAUAUAGCACAUAAAACAUUUUAAGUUUGCGCAAAACGUUAUUGCCCAACACCAUGUAUGUAUUGCAAUUGUAAAGGGAUAUACGCUAAAGUUCUAGUUUUUUCACUUAAUUUAAUUGUGGAUUAUUUUGCGACUAGUGAUUAAUAAGAUCUAAGAUACAGUAGACUUUAAAUGUUUUCUCUCUAUUUCUCUGUUUUUCUUUUAUUUUUAUACUAUACAUAACGAAGCUGUGAUUUUGGAUUUUGAAAAUUUGUGAUAAUUGUGGAUUAUUUUACGACUAGUGAUUAAUAAGAUCUAAGAUACAGUAGACUUUAAAUGUUUUCUCUCUAUUUCUCUGUUUUUCUUUUAUUUUUAUACUAUACAUAACGAAGCUGUGAUUUUGGAUUUUGAAAAUUUGUGAUAAUUGUGGAUUAUUUUACGACUAGUGAUUAAUAAGAUCUAAGAUACAGUAGACUUUAAAUGUUUUCUCUCUAUUUCUCUGUUUUUCUUUUAUUUUUAUACUAUACAUAACGAAGCUGUGAUUUUGAUUUUGAAAAUUUGUGAUAAUUGUGGAUUAUUUUACGACUAGUGAUUGAUAAGAUCUAAGAUACAGUAGACUUUAAAUGUUUUCUCUCUAUUUCUCUGUUUUUCUUUUAUUUUUAUACUAUACAUAACGAAGCUGUGAUUUUGGAUUUUGAAAAUUUUGUUUCGAUAAGUCACACAAGUUUUGAGACCUUGACGAACAAAACAAAGUGAAAAAAAAAUAACUUUUUUAUGGAAGAACUCACUCAAUACAAGCAAGAACUUGUUUCUAACCAAAACAUCCAUCUCAUUAAAUAGUUUGCACAAACAUAAGAUUCUGUCGGCAUCUUUGCAUAGCUUAUUCUUUUAUCCGAAACACACAAACAUGAACCAUCUAUUUUUUUUUUCUUUCCAUGAAAAAGUUCUCUCGGUAGAAGCGAGUCAAAACUGUGGAUGUGAAUUAUUUUAAUAAUUAUAAUAGCUAUUUUAAUAGCUAUUUUAAUAGCUAUUAAAAUAGCUUUGCACAUCUGUCAACACUUAGCCGGAAAGCGGCCGGAUAAGGUAAAGCUCCGUGCAACAUCAAAAUGUAAGUUUAAAGUAUUGGAGCGAAAAAAGUCGAAUGUGGACCGAGUUAUACAUUCAAUUACUCAAAAAGGACAAGAAGAACGUAAAAAAAAACUUGGAAGGAUAUUGUAUUUUUUAAAAUUUUGCACUAAAAUUAUUGGUAACAUGCUGUUCAAAAGGUCAAAAUAAUUAGGGCUCAUAUAUCACGCAUCCCUGAUUUGAAUAUGAUUGCACACAGAAUUUCCCUUCUGGGAUGGGCUAGGAGCAACUUUUGGAACAAAAGUCAGCGGUAUUUCAAAGAGAAUACCAUGCCUCCAGUCUUUAUCAACUGCCGCCCUAUCCUACCGAAGCAUAAGUUUACUGGCAAUCUCGGACUUCUCCGCAGGUCCCUCCGCAAUAUCGGGGGAAAGGGAAACGAAAUGAGCAACAUUACAUCCCCUACCCAGUCCUACAGCACGAGAGAGGUGGAUCUCGCCUUGCUCCCUGUCUAUAUCAUAGUGGUCCUGUUUGGAACCUUGGGGAACGCCGUUGUUAUUCACGUGAUCCGAGUCACACGUGCUAUGCACAGUACAACUAACUACUUGCUGGUGAACCUCGCCAUUGGAGAUAUGCUGACGCUACUCUGGUGCAUUCCGUAUAAGGUGCUCGUUUUCUACUUUGACCACCCAACAGGCACUGCGGGCGACUACAUCUGUAAAUUCUUCACGUCUUAUAACGUCACGGUAAUCACACUCACGGUUUCCAUCUUCACACUCACGCUGUUAUCAGUUGAACGCUACCGUGUGCUUCUCAACCCCAUGCACCACAAGUUCCGACUUGACCAGGAAAAUGUCUGGUACGCCAUUGCCGCUAUCUGGAUAUCCGCAAUCGCUUUCAUGGUACCGCUAUUCGUAGUGACAGGCUAUAACGAGUUGGCGAAGUCUUGUAGGGUCGAAUGGGGAAACAAGAAGCAAGAAGAUUUAUACAGCUUGUGUAUCAUGGUCUUCAGUAUCUUUGUCCCGCUUAUGGUGACUGUGGUUUGUUAUGUGAGAAUUAUCAAAGGCUUGUACUUUAAUAAUACCAUCGCAGCAGGGCCGGCAGGCUACACCCAGGAGUCAGAUCUCCGCGAAAAACGAAAAAUCGUCAAGAUGCUUUUGAUCGUUACAUCAGCAUUCGUGCUGUGUUUUCUACCAUACGCGACAUUCCGAAUCGUGGUCGCUUCAGCCGAUCCAAACGAUCACAAACGUUACAACCACGUUCAAAGCCUCAGGGAAAUCUUCAAGUUUCUCUGUUACAGCUCCUCGAGUUUCAACCCAGUGAUUUACUGCUUUCAGAGCUCUAAUUAUCGGGCAGCAUGUCGAAAACUGUUCAAGAAGGCGUUCAGGAUCAAAGAGACAUCGGAAUUUGACAAUUCUGCGGAUUUACGAACAAUGCCAAGUCAAUUCUCAGUCGGAGACAACGGAGCGAGUAACGACCAAGAAAAAGAAGUGAAAUGAAAGAUAUGUACAUCGAACACACAUUAAAGCCGCAUUGUCACAAGUUUACUUCCGGAGGUCCGACGGAAACCUCAACCGUUAAAAGACAAAAGGAUCUAUUAGAAUCCGAUAUAUUUAACUGGCCAUCCGCUCUAAAUUAUCGAUCACA